CAUUGCAAAUAUUUAGGGCUUGGGCAUGGAGGAAGCCCGGCAGGCGCUGGGCGAUGGUCGAUUCCCCGACGCUGUCAAGCUCUGCAAGCAGCUACUCAAGCAUGAUCGCCGCAACUACGAUGGAUUCGUGGUCCUCGGCCUGGCGCUCGUCCGCAGCUCGCAGCAUCUGGAUCAGGCCGAAAUGUCGCUCAAGAAGGCCAUCUCUCUCGAUCCAUCCGCAUUGCCGGCGUACCAGGCUAUGGUCGAGCUGCGGGAAUCGAUGGGAAGCUCACCAGAUUUGCUCGCCGAAUCGAUCCAAGCAGCUCUGGAUGUGGCCAGGGCGCGGAACCAGAGUGCGCUUGCGGCGGAUUUGAUGCGGAAGCUUGCACGGACAUUCUCAGCUGGACACAAGCACGAUCAAGCGAAAGCUGCUUGGGGCCAAGUUCUCGACAUGGAAGUAAGUCGAGAGCAACGGGUUGAGGCCCUCUCUGGAAUUGUGGACGCGCACAUAGCAGCUGGCAAAGGAGCGAAAGAAUGCGAAGCAACUGGAGAGGAAGAAACACAAGCUAUGGUGUCACACCUUGAAGAGCUUGUCUCCAUGCUACCUUACGUUGAGAUCUACCGGGAACUUUUGUUGGCACUUCUUGCUUGCAAAGCUCGUCGAGGGGAGCAAACGAAAAAGGAUCUCUUGAAGCACUCCCGAGAAAUGCUAUCAACUUGUCCCUCGACAAUGGCGGCCGAUGUGCUUGUGACCAUGGCUGAAGAGGACGAUGCGGAAGAACUUUUCGAGGAUUUUGAAACGGGAGAAGCGAGCUUUCGUGUCUGGAUCGGAAAGCACGUUGCUCAUCUAUAUCCUGGAAGGGGUAUCACACUAGCUUCAUCCAAGUGUAAAACUUCUAGGAAGAUGCUGGCAGAGUGGGAUGUUUCAUGUGACGAAAACUCAAUCUCUGGGUGUCGGAUGCUGGCAAAAGAACUUGUGUCCGAAGGGCUGUUUGAGAAAGCUUCUGAGCGAGUAGGAAAGGGUCUAGCUUCUAUAGCGCUCAAACGAAGGUCAUACGGACUAGUUCUGAAGGCAGCUGAACUGGACCUGCGCCUAGUUCUUGGAGGCUUACUUCUGCUCAAACAGAACCACGACGAGGCUGCUCGUGUGUUUAUGAAUGUCUCGGAGGAGGCCAAGUCCCUGCCGGAACAACGAAGCAGAAUUAUCAUUGGUGAGGCUUUCCAGGGAUUGGUAAAGCUCUCACUUGCUAUGAAGGAAAGGGAUGUCGCAAAGUCCAGGCUUGAUCAAAUUCUGCGACAGGAUCCUAAAGAUCACUGGGCACUUUCUGAGAGAGGUUGGCUCGCUUUCGAAACCAGUUCCUUCAACCAAGCAAAGGCAGACUUGGAGAAUGCUGUUUCUGCAUGCCAGGAAUCUGCUAUUUACCACUACCGUUUGGGACGCGUUUAUUGGGAAACCGAAGACAUGAAGGAGAAAGCAGCACACGAAUUUGUUGAAUCUGCAAAACUUGACCCCAGUCGAGCUGAUACGUUCAUCUACUUGGGCCACUACUACAGAGAGCUUGCAAAAGAUCUUCGAAGGGCAGUUCGCUGCUACCAAAAGGCUGUGGCUUUGGACGCCGAAAAUGAAGCGACGGGAGAAAUGCUUUGUGACAUCCUUGAUCAUGGGGGGCAGUUUUCAAUGGAAAAGAACAUUUGUGAAGAGGCUUCAAAAAAAUCACCUCGUGCAUUUUGGGCAUGGCGGCGUCUUGGAUUUAUUCAGGUAGCGGAACGGAAGUGGUCAGAGGCAAUAUCGAGCACGCAAUAUGGUCUUCGCGGAUAUCCGACUGAUUCCCGCCUUUGGGAGGCUCUAGCACUGUCUUAUAAAAAGCUAGGCAUGCUUACUGCCGCGUCGAAGGCUUUUGGUCGUGCAUUUGACCUUGACAACAGUAGCCUGUUCGCUGCUCUUGAAAUGGGAGCUAUCGACCUUGCCUUGUCCGCAUUUUCUAAGGCCACCCGAGCGUAUCGUGAAGCCUUGCGUAUCUCUCCUGGUGAGCUCAUUGCUAUUCAUGGCCUCGUAUCUUCCUUACUUGGUCAAGCUCGGGAGUGCUUUACUCAGGGUGCGUUUUGGUGGUGUGCUACAAUCUUGAAGGAGGCAAUUGAUUUAGCCAUUGGAAGCAGGUCGAUGUAUGGGCAUUUGGUUGCCAUAUGGAAGCACCUUGGCGAUGCAAGCUUGAUGUACGCGCAGUCGUUGCCUUUUGAAUCAGCAGAUCCGCAGAGAUCUUGGCAAGAGGCUGUUGACUCGUGGUACAGUGAACGAGUAGAUGCUGCGAAUAACGCUGUGCAUGCGUAUCGACGUGCAAUCCAUUUGCUACCAAGCGAAGGGAGUCUGUAUCGUGAUCUUGCAACCGCAAUGGAGUAUACGUUGAAUUUAAAGAAACCUUCCAGACCCUCACAAACAAGAUGGUUCGAAACGGAAAUUAUUGUCUGCUGUGGUUUGCAACACGAUGGAUCGAACGCGGAUAUGUGGGUGUCUCUAGCUCUCGUCACUCAACACAAAGGACUCCGGCAGCAUGCUCUUAUUCAGGCUCUCCGACUUGAUGCAAACCAUGCAAUUGCAUGGGCUUAUCUAGGCCAACUCUAUUUGAGUUUGGGUGAGCAAGUCCUGGCGCAACAAUCAUUCGAUAGAGCUCGAAGUGCAGAUCCAACUUUAUCAUUGCCAUGGGCCGGAAUGGCACUCAUCCAUUAUAAUUUAAGCCAGAGAACUACCUCGAAGGAUCAGGCUUUAGAAGCGUUCGCAAGCUGUUCCUGUGCUGUGCAACUCUCAUGUGCACCUAACGUACAUCUCGGGGUUGGCCAACUAGCGGCGCAGACGCAGGAUCUUGGCCUACCUCAGGUGAAUUUGGCUCUGCAACAUGCAUCUCAAAGACAGCCAUUACAAGCAGCAGCACAUAAUCUGCGAGGGCUGUCAUGUGAGUCCAGAAAGGAUUACAUGCCAGCUGUUGUAGCGUAUAGGAAUUCCCGUUCUGCAGCUACAAAAGCAUUACUAUCUAGUGAGCUUCAGACUCUUAUUACGGCGAAUCUUGCUCGAACUUUAUGCAAGGCUGGAAAUGCAGAGGAUGCAGUUCUGGAGUAUAACAAGCUUCGUGAUUCCAGUUCGUUACAUGACUUGGAUGAUAUCCGAAGCUAUGCUGUCGCAUUAAGGGACUCGGGUCAAGGAGUUCAGGCGGAGGUACUCAUAAAGAAGGCACUAACCACAAGAACACCACAUGACAGCAGAGCACAGUUCGCUGCUAUGCUCGUGCUUCUCUCCAAAUUAACAUACUUCAACCAAGGACCUGUGCCUGGAUUUGACGUUCUAUGGAGUGCUCCUGACAUACUCUUUUCGGACGAAGAACUUUGCUUGACGGCUCUUUCGCUAGCACUCUCUACCUGUAGAACAGAUCGGAUUUCUGCAGCCAUUAGUCGAUGCCGUUAUCUAUUCACUUCAAAGUACGCAGCAGAUGCGUACGUGCUAAUUGCAUCAAUGAACCAGGCUGAGGUAAUUCCGGACAUGAAAAGAGCACUGCAUUGUUACCCCACGAGUGGCAGCUUGAGAGCAAAGCUGGGAGAGAUUAUUCUUUCUCAUGGUUCUCAUGAUCAUGGUUCAACUUCAAACCUGGUGGAACGAUUGUGCAGCAUGAGCUCUCUGAUUUCAGAUGACAGGCUGACGCAGAAGUUGAGUUCGUUGGUUCUUGUUGAUGCUACGGUUGCGUGCGGUCAAUAUGGCACGGAAAUACUCCUUCAGCUGCAGAGGGUGGUUCACCGCGAGCCCUGGAACAUGAAGGCACGAUAUUGCUUGAUACUGGUUUUGCUUGGUGGUGCGCGAAGACAAGGCUUUCCUCGUCAUCUCUGCCAUACUAUACUACGAAUAUCGACAACUACUCUGUACCAUCUCCCUUCUUCCUCUGAUCGUCAGGCUGCCUACAUGCGAAUGCAGAUAGAGCUUUGUGUGUCGGAGAGUGAGCUGAGGCUCGGCAACUACACUUGCGCUCUUGACCGAGCCGUGGCAUCUCUCAACGCCAUCAAGGGGUUCUCAGAUCUCAAUGCGGCUCCUGCGUACCUCCAGCUCGCUCGCUGCUAUCGUCUACUCAACGACUUGUCUCAUUUCGUAAAAGGAGCAGUGGCAGGGUGGCAGCAGCAAACAGAUGUAAAACGAGACAAUGCUCUUUGGCACUUGUCAUUGCUGGAGUUGCAGCUAUGCUGUGGAGUGAUCAAAGAGGACGACAGUGUGUUACUCAGGCUUAGGCAUUCGUUGCAGCAGUCCAAGCAAGGAUGGUUAGCACUUCUCGAAGUGAUGCUAGCGCGCCUCUAUUAUCAAAGGGGUGAGCCAGAGCUAUCAGAGGAUGCUGCAGCCAAUGCAUUGCUAUGGUGGCCAAACAAUCCAGUGCUGUGUCUCUUCCAUGGUGCGGUAUCUUUGGAGCUGGCAAAGUCGGGGAAGGGAGCCAGCUAUGCAUCUAAGGCUGUUUCAAGCCUUGGAAAAGCGGUGCGAGACAAGGGUAGAGAGCUUCCGACAGCAUACGCUCUUCUAGCUCAAGCCGAGUCAAGCGGCAGCAAAGAUGGAUCGAAUCGGGCAGGUGUGGUAAAAAAAUGGGCCAAGCACCUGCGAGCAGCGUUCCUGGCAUGGCCUACGACAGAACAUCCAGUACCAGCAGAGAUGUUUUUCCUCAUGGCUUUACUAUCCAAGCAGCAAGUAGGGGGCGAGCAAGGCGAGAGAUGCCCCGAGGACGAUAGAACUUGGUGGUCAUGGCUACAGGCGGCUGUGCAUUUGAACCCGACAUGUCCAAAGUACUGGACAUUAUUAAAGCAGAUAAAAUAGUUCUUUUUUACGAGUGAUUUUCCACCCUAUGCAGUGUUGUUCUGUACUUCACAGCUACUUUUACCGUGUUUGGCUUCAAUUA